CGUUUGAUCCACAGCCGAUCGAAGACACAAGGUGCCAAUUUUGCAACCAUGAAGCCGAAAUGCAUACCGUGGUGCCACUCCCCCCGUGGUACCGUGAUCUAAUGGACACUUACUCGGGCGCACCGGCGUCGUCGCCAACGUCGGCGCACUCUGAACGCGACAACGACGACGACGACGAUCCAUUUCGAGCACCGUCGGACGACGAAGCUAUCGAGAUGGACACGACGGUUCUCGUCGCUACUGACGUCGGGCGUCUGGCUUCGGCGUGGAUCCCUCGUAUACUGCGUGUGCAGUACCACGAUGAAAUUGCACAGUGGGCACUGCCGUUGCCACGUCUACCGCCAAUACCCACCGACGACGACAAUGUGUAUGUCAACACCACCGGCACCGUGUCGACAACGGUGGCUGGACGUUCACGAGACGCAGACGCCACGGCGACGACAACCGACGAGGUAGUUGUGGUCGAGAUACUAGCCACAGGAAAUCACACGUCGCUGGUGGACACCAUCGACGGCUACCACGGCCGUACGUGUACCUGUCGCAUCCCGGUGUAUGCGUUUGCACCGCAGCUGCGGCUCCGCGCCGCGUUGUUUUCGUGGAUGGAACACUGGCGUCGUGGC